AUGAUGUCCCAGUUAGACCAGGGAGCUGCCUCCACUGGUCAACACUUUGGGUCACCAGAUAGUUGUGCAGGGACACCAGACAGUUUCAACUAUGAGACUAAAUUUAUAGUCUUAAACUUCAUCAGCCGAAAUCCUCACAAGUCUUUAACUAGCCCAAGAAGUGUCAAUGGUGGUACUCCACCUAUUAGUACCUCAGAUUCAGAUCACCAUCGUCAUGGCAGGAGGAGUGCAUCAAAAUCCAUGCCACCAUCUCCCCCAAAGCGUCACAAGCCUAGGCUUACAGACUUCAGACAGGCUUAUCAGAGGGUAUCAGAGGACAACAUUCACUACAGGUAUAACAGAUACAGAGCAAUCAACAAUGAUUUGAGCACAGCUGGAAGUAAUUCCCAGAUGAAAUCAAGAGAUUCAGAUGACAACAUCAAUCACAAAAAUGAUAGAUUACAUGACUCGUUUGGGGAAAACACUAGCCUGGAAUCUUCUUUUUCAUCGAGAAGACAUACAAUGCACCAUCAACAAAUAUCAGGUUCUGCAAAUGAUGGGAACCAUGAUGUCAAGUCUUUUCAAGGUAGUCCUGGUAUUGACACAAGCUUCAUUAUUGAUUCUACAAAUGGUUUAGAUAGAGAAAGACCACUAAGUCGCAGUAUGAUGUCACCAACACAGUACAGACGACACACUAUGUCUAAGAUGGGAAGUGAGGUAAGCGGGGACUACAGUUACACAAGUGAUGCAGAUGAUGAGGGUGAGGACACCUCAGGUGGGUCCAGUCUUUGGGGCAGUAUUGGAGGACUGAAUAGUAUGCGAGGGAGUGUAGAUCUACACCAGGUAGUAUCUAGAUUACCCACAGUGCAAAGUGUAUCUGAUAUAGAAAAUGAAACAGUCAUUGACUCUACCACAUUAUGUAAUCCUGAGGAUGGUGCUACAAGUGUACUUGAGACUGGAAUGCCAUCUAAUGGUACUUCUCAAUUAGAUGCUAGAUCCAGGUCUGCAUGUAAUCUCAGUGAUAUUGACCUGGAAAUUGAUUACGAGGAUUUAGACAGCACAUAUGAAAAUGACCCAGCUGUGUCCACCAGUAUUUCUCUGGAAGCAAGCAGUAGCAACACCAGUGGGAUAAAAUCACUUGACCGCUCUAAACUUAGACUGGACAUUCAGGAAUCACAAUCCUGGCCUAACUCCAAGGCUGCACGCUAUGAAGCUGUUGCAGCAUCCCUGAGGUCUGAGAUUGAGGAUGAAAUGACAACACUAGAGUCUGAAGUAGAGGAUGCUAUCAAGAGUCGCAAAAUUCCUUCAUGCCAUUCACCUUUUCUGACACCAAUGACUCCCCAGACCCAGGCAGCUAAGGUCCUUGCACGGAUAGGUGAUGAGGUGAUGGACCAGUAUGAAGAGCAGUUGGACAAAUCAGUGGCCAUUCUGAUGCAGUACAGUCAAAACCUCACCUAUGACACUUUUUGUGAUGUUGCUAAAGGUGUCCUUGACCGUGACCUUCCAGAAAUGAAACAGGUAGCAUUACUGAUGGUGUAUGGUCAGAAAGCGGCAUGGCGGCUCGUAGAGAAUGGACACCAGGGAAUCGGGAACCUGGUGGAUUAUACAUCCAGACUUGUAGCAGACCGCGCAGCUGAGUUUAUCAUCAAACAGGGAGGAUGGGGAGCAGUGAUGAGUUCAUCAGAUUCAAGUCUCUCCUCUGACUCACUGGACGAUGUUUCACCUCUUCAUACAUUUGAAGAUCUGUGUGCCGAUUCUAUUGAUCACUUGGACUUUGACCCUGACAAUAUCUCUGCAUCGGACCAACCUCCAGCAGUGUCUGUACAGGCCAUGUCAGUAAAUAACAACUCAUUCUCAGAGAACCAGCAACUAGCCACAGCUGAACUACCACAGUUACCAACAGCAAUAGUUGAUCCCAGCUCAUCUAGUGAUGAGGAUGAUCACCAGAUUCAAAACCUAGAACCAUGGUAUCACUGGUUUGUCGUACCAGAACACAUAGCAAUGUUGUCUUGUACAGUGGCAGCUAUAGGACUAGGACUUUUGUUGUCUAAUACUAGGUAA